CCCUAGUCAUGUUCCGGAGUCAAAAUCUCGAAACUACCCCGAUUGGACUCGAUAAAUUGCCGAUGCCUUUAGGGUUUAGCCUUUAGCACUGGCUUCGCCGCUGACGCCCGAGCGGCUGCGUCUUCGCUUUACGAUCUCUUCCCCGUGGUGUCAUUUGGAAGGCUCUUAGAGUUUGUAGAUGGCGGCGAGACUACAGCAGUUUCGAUCUAAGGCAGUGCAAGUUUCUAACUUCGUGUCUAAGCACGGUUGCGCUUACUACAAGGAGCUUCUGGAGAAGAACAAGCAGCACAUCGUGCAGCCACCGACCAUUGAGAAGUGCCAGGAGCUGUCAAAGCAGCUCUUUUACACACGUCUUGCGAGCAUCCCAGGCCGUUGUGAGUCGUUCUGGAAAGAGCUUGAUGCCAUGAAGCACAUUGGGCGAAAUCGGAAGGAUCUCACAGUGGAGGACGCGGGAAUUGCGGCACUCUUUGGGCUCGAGAUGUAUGCGUGGUUCUGUGUAGGUGAGAUCAUCGGAAGAGGAUUCACGUUCACUGGGUACUACGUUUAAAUCUCUUGGAUACAAGGCAAGAGCUGCUUGUUUUGAUUUUUGCUGUUGGGUAUUUUAUCUCAAUUUUUCAUUUUACCGAUAAAUUCAUUGAGCUGGAUAGUCAGAUUGCAAUUCGUCGAAUAAUUUGGACGCUUGUUUCUCACGUCGGGUUUGGAUACCCACAAAUUGAGUUCGGUUUCUACAGAGGCAUCCAAUAAUCUAUGUUUGAGAUAACUUUUUUUUUUGGUAAA